UGGAAAAUUUGGAAUAUUUUGCCUAUUAUGUUGCGAGAGCGGGAUGGACUGCCUCGGCGUCAACUGUCAAGCAGGCGCUCUUUUAAGCUAGAUGAUGUGAACAGAGAUGAUAGGGGCUGGACUCUGCUACACAUAGGUGCUCGGAUGGGUGACCUGAAAAAGGUGAAAUGUCUUCUGGAAGAGGGAAUGGAUGUGAAUAUUGGUGCGUGGGGCCCAAAAUCUCAGGGAGAGACUCCUCUUCAUCUUGCCGCUCAAGGAGGACACAUAAAGGUUAUGGACCUGUUGCUGGACAAUGGUGCAGAUAUCGAUGCUAGAACCAAAGGCGCUUGCGGCUGGACUCCGGUACACAACGCGGCCAAAUCAAGGAAGAAGGAAGCCAUAAAAUUCCUGAUAGAGAACGGAGCCUUCUUGCCCCCUGACAUGUACGACAGCAGAUUCAAUCCCCCGCUUCAUUACUGCCCCGGCCUCGAGUGGGCUUACGAGAUCCUCCGAAUGCAACAUCGUCACCACCUCUUCUCUGGUGAGACUGCUUCUACCUCCACCAACUCCGACAGCUGAACGGAACUAUUUCUUACUAUUCCGCUUCUGUUAAUCAUAUGCUCAUAAAUCUUCUGAACAUGGAACAACUGUUUUUCUUUUGUGUUUUUUGUUUUGUUGGGGACAAUGAUUAUGCUUUGAUAGAACCUUUUGGAUA